UGACGGAUCCCCCGAGAGAGCCACCUGCAGAUGUCGACCCUGAGCCCUGGAAACAGAAGGGUUCACUCAGCCCAGGAGGUCUUGCACAACCGACAAUGAUGAGCAUGCACCAGCAAAGUACCUCAGCUGGUAGAAGCAGGCUACAGCUGCUUGUUCUGAUUACUUCCAUGGCAUCCACUGCAGUGAUAAGCAGAAGAACUUCAGAGAUUACCUGCCUUUUAACCAAGCAAAAUGGUCUUAUUUCAAGUUCAUCAGGUCCUUCAUCUGUUCAUGAGAUUGAAAGCAAUGUUGAAGACCUCCAUUGUUCCCAGAAUUCUCAAAGCACCGAGAAUGUCUACACAACAGCCAAGGAUGUAGAAGUUGAUGUGCUUGAAAACGUCAACAUAAAAGCAAUAGUAAAUAUUUCAGAGCACAUCACCUGUCUUUGGAUUUUUAAAGAGACCCAGACUGAUUGUAAUUCCUCUCUGGAUAUGGAGAACAGGCAUGUCGUAUCUGUGGAGUUUCGUAAUAUCUGGGAGACACAGGCAGGAAAUCACACACUGUUCAUUAAAACUGAAACAAAGAACUACACAGUGAUAUUUACACUCUAUGUAAGGAGAAGCCCAAGAAAGCCAUAUUUCAGAAAAAAUGAACUUUCAAGAAAUGUAAGCUGUGUAUCAGAAGGACACCCUAAACCAACUCUUGAAUGGCUCUCUUGCAGUGACCCUGAUAAAAGCUGCACAAAAUCCAGAUCCCCCCAAAAUGAAGACAAGGAUGGAAUACAGAAGGUACAACUUGAACUAAGAAAAGAUAAACUGCUAUUUGAUCCACAUGUAUGGUGCUGUGCAACUAAUGACAUGGGCAAAGUAUGCACUGAACUCUACACAGUUGAUCUAGAUGCACUGGAAAACCCUGACCAGGAAUUCUUUCUUAAAGUUGGAGAUCCACUGUUCUUAAGAUGUAGAGCCAAUUACUCCACAUUCGCCUUUCGAACAAUGUGGUAUUUUGAAAACAAGGCAUUAGACAUGAACAUGAUGCUGGAAGGAAGACAAAAUGUGGGCCAUUGGAUUAAACUGAAGUAUGUGUUUGCUUCUUCGGUGGGACGCAGCAGUCAAGGGCGUUAUACCUGUUCAUCUGAGGAACUUGCUGCAAAUAAAACUGUUUAUGUUACAGUUUUAGAUAAAGGAUUUAUCAUUUUCACUGAUGCAAAGGAAGAUUUUGAAAUUGAUAUGAAUGAAGACACUUGCCUGGAAGUUGAACUGAAAGCCUACCCACCCGUUAGAUGUAUUUGGAUGUUUUCCCAAAUGUCAUUUCCAUGUAAGCAAAUUUACACCGGCAGAUACAGCAUCUCUUCAGAAUUCUGUGACCAUAAACACCAGCCAGGUGAAUACGUCUUCUAUGCAGAUAAUGGUGAUUCGUUUGUGAAGAAGACAUUAAAACUUUAUGUGAAAAGGAAACCUAAUGUAAUGAUCUUCUUGGGAUCAGGGCAAUUGUCUUGCAUCUCUGAAAGCAGUCCUGCUGCCUCAUCUUGGGUCUGGAAGAAGUGUUCCCAGAAGAAUACCAAUUGUACAGAAAUUAUGACUGAAAUUUCAAAUGACAUACGUGAAGGAAAUACUUUUGGUUCCUGGAUCACAAACAGCACUUUAAAUGCAAGGGAAGCACAAACUGGAUUUGUUUUUGAGUGCUGUGCAAAUAAUUCAGUUGACUUUUCUUGUGAAACUUCUCUUUUUGUGAGUCCCACAGGUGUAGAAGGUGUUGUAUUUCUUCUGUCAAAUAAUGUUACAUUAUAUGGAAUGUUUGGAUUCUGUUUCCCAAUCAUCAUUGUGUUGUGCUUAUUAAUGUAUCAAAAUCACAAAAAGCAGUCCAGAUACGAAAGCCAGCUGCAAAUGAUACAGAUGGUUGGCCCUUUGGAUAAUGAAUACAUCUAUGUCAAUUUCGAUGAGGUGGAGUAUGAUCCUAAGUGGGAGUUUCCCAGAGAAAAUCUGGAGUUUGGGCAAGUUCUUGGUUCUGGAGCCUUUGGGAAAGUGGUGAAUGCAAUUGCAUAUGGAAUAAAUGAAACAGGAGUGUCGGCCCAGGUUGCUGUCAAAAUGCUCAAAGAAAAGUAUAGCUCUUCAGAAAAAGAUGCUCUUAUGUCUGAACUCAAAAUGAUGACUCACAUUGGAAGUCAUGAAAAUAUUGUGAAUCUGCUAGGAGCUUGUACCAUUUCAGGACCCAUUUAUUUGAUUUUUGAAUACUGUUGCUAUGGAGACCUUUUGAACUACCUACGGAGCAAGAGAGACCGAUUUCACAAGACAUGGACUGAUGUCUUCCGACAGCACAACUUCAGUUUUUACCACAACUUCCCUGGGCCUGCUAACUCAAGAACUUCAAGCAUAUUAAAAAAUGGAUCAUAUUUACCAGGGAAUGAAGUGGGUGACUUUGAAAAUAUACAAGCAAAAGAAGACUCUGAUUUGGCCUCUAGACUAUUUGGAAUGGCUCUGCUUUCUGAGGAAGAAGAAAUGAAAUAUGAGGAGAGGAGAAUGGAUGAUGAAGAAGACCUCAAUGUGCUGACAUAUGAAGACCUUCUCUAUUUUUCCUAUCAAGUUGCCAAGGGGAUGGAGUUUCUGGAAUCAAAAUCAUGUGUCCACAGAGAUCUUGCUGCUAGGAAUAUACUAGUCACUCAUGGGAAAGUGGCAAAAAUCUGUGACUUUGGACUUGCCAGGGACAUAAUGAAUGACUCAAACUACGUUGUCAGAGGGAACGCUCGUUUACCUGUCAAAUGGAUGUCGCCUGAAAGCUUGUUUGAGGGGACCUACACAAUUAAGAGUGAUGUCUGGUCCUACGGAAUCUUGCUAUGGGAAAUAUUCUCUCUUGGUGUCAAUCCUUACCCUGGAGUGCAGGUUGAUGCAAAUUUCUACAAGCUUAUUCAAAGUGGAUUUAAAAUGGACCGUCCAUUUUAUGCUACAGAAGAAAUAUAUUUAGUCCUGUGUUCCUGCUGGGCUCUAGACUCCAGAAAAAGGCCAUCCUUCACGCAGCUGCUUUCCCUUCUGGCAUGCCAGCUGGUAAAAGCAGAAGGCAUGGUAUGCCAAACAGACAGGAGUGGUACUUCUGAAGACAUUUUCAGUUCCAGCUACAGUCCACAUGAGGAAAGGAAACCCGAACCAUUUUAGUUCACUCAUGGUUUCAACUUGGGAUGAAGCUACCACAGGAGAAAAAUAAAGCAGAUUUGUUACUCUCUAUUCAAUGAGGCACAUAAGCUGAAUGAAUCAAAAGAGGCAUUUUGCCUCCCCUAAAAGGGGCCAGAUUUGCUGCUACUACACUGAAUUUCUCAUGCUCAGUUCUAUCCAACUUUUGCUUUUGAAUCGAAACUUGCAGGAAGUCUCUCUCCCCUGUUUCAGUGGCAAGGUGCAAGAACACUUUCUCACCAGCAUCAGUGUAAGCAAGCGAUUCACUAGUGCGUCUGCUCUGCUGCUUUCACUCACUAGUAUUGGGACUUUCCCUUUCAAGACUGUGCAUGUAAAGUCAAACAGAACCACCCUUGCUUGUGUUUAAAGCAAAUGCAAAAGAAAGAUUUGUAAUGAAAAUAUAAAGGCGUGAAUGUAGAGUUAAGAGAAUGCUCUUAACACUUUGGGCUAGGAAUUUGGAAUUGCCUGGACCGAAUCAUCCAGACAGACCAGUUCUCCAGCAUCAUGUCCUAGCACAGACUCGUGCAAUAGCAUCACAUCCAGAUGGACCCUUGUCCUGGCAUCACAUCAUCAACAGUGCCUCUGUGUGCAGUAUUGUAGAGGGCAGGUGUAGUCGUGUUGAGGGGAAUGGAGGUGUUGGGGCAGGACCAGCCAUACUGUUGGUGAGACAGCUGCCUCAGGUGGCUUCUGGGGGAGGUAGACGUGCUGGCGGAGGACAGAGGCCUGUGGACCGUGUGGCUUGCCCUGCGCCCUCUAAGUGGUCCUGCAGUGCUCAGGAAGAUGCUGUGAGGAAGCAAGGUUCUGUACAUGAAAUUGUGGGGAUGGGCAUGCCUGGCCCUGAGGCAGCAACAUGUCUUGCUAACUUUGCUGGCUCAUCUUUGGACUCAGCUGUACGCCACAGUUUCACACUAUGACAGUGGCAAUGAUAAAGGGGUGGGGAUUAUUUUCAAGGAUGCAAAAUGGGUCUGCCUUAGGAAGCUGCAUCUUUGAUUUCCUGCCAGUGCAUCAGAUAACGUCCAGCAUGUAGGGAGCAGUGCAAGAAAGUGACAGGUUAGAUGGGGAACAUAGGAAGUUGGCUGAGAGCAGAUCAGGCUGUUUGAUCGAUCUCCGGUACUGCAGUGUCUGCUCUGCCUGGCUGCGGUCCACCAAGUGAUGGAGGGCAUCAGGGCAAAGCUGUGAUGCUGCUGCAUGAGGAACCGAGAAGCAGGCAAGGGAGACAGCAAAGCCCAGGACUCCGAACGGCAACGUGUCUACAGAAUUACUGCUCAGAUCAAGAACAGCAUUUGCAACUGUAAGGAAAUAGGCAUAGGGUGCUACCUUGCGAGGGACUGUCUGUCCAACUAGUCCUCUAUUGCCACUGCCGGUUUGUUUCAUGGUCCUAUUGAUUAUACUGUGCUUACCCUCCUGUUGCAUUUUAUAUUGCAUUUUUGUAUUACGUGAUAUGGAUUUAUUGUUGUUACCUAUUUUCAGCUGUAUCAUUGUAAUGAUCGUGAUGUGAACCAAACAGAGAGCCUUCUGGCUAUGGGGUGACAUACAAGUGCCAGCAAUAAACAGUGAGCUGGUUCUACAUUUACCCAUUCUUUAAGCAGAACCACUUGAAACCAAUGAGACUGAAGUUUGUCAUGCCUAACUUAAGUCUCAAUUCAGUCCAUCAUGACUAAUUUAAGUUGUGUUGGUUUCAGUGCCUGCAUCUAGUGCCAGCUCCUGAGGGCCCUUGGGAAGACACCCUAAAUGAGCCCCUUCCCUCAGUGACAUUUCUUUCUCCAUGCCAUUGUCAUCAACCACUAUGGCUCCUCGUUCUCUUUCUCAUCGUUGUUACCAAGUGCUUGCCCCCCACCCCGCCCACUGUGGCCUGGGCCCGAGAGCGACACAUGGAGCAAGCAGGUUGCAGCAGUGAGGUGGCGGAGCAAGUCCAGGAGGUUCUUCCAGAG